AUGGCGUCUAACUGGACUCGCGACGAGGAUAACGAGGAGGAGGAGGAUGAGAUUGACGACACUGGUUAUAAAUCCAGCAAAGAUGCGGUGCUCUUCGCAAUUGAAGUCAGCGAGUCGAUGCUGACCCCUCCGCCUGUAUCAAAGUCGAAAAAGGCAGAUAAGGAUGCUCCCAUAACAGCCGCCUUGAAGAGUGCCUACCAUCUCAUGCAACAGAGGAUUAUAUCCAGCCCCCACGAUAUGAUGGGUGUCUUGCUAUAUGGGACGAAGAGCUCAAAGUUCUACGACGAGGAUGAAGAGGGUCGAGGCACGCUUCCUUACCCGCAUUGCUAUCUAUACACCGAUCUAGAUGUCCCCGCUGCAUCCGAUGUCAAGGAUCUAAGGGCUUUGGCGAACGACGAGGAUGAUGCUUCGGAGAUACUGGUUCCCUCAGAAGACCAGGUAACAAUGGCCAACGUGCUAUUCUGCGCUAAUCAGAUAUUUACCUCCAAAGCCGCAAACUUCUCUUCCAGGCGGUUGUUUAUCGUAACGGAUAACGAUAACCCACAUGGAAACGACAAGGCCCUUAGGUCAGCAGCUACUGUGCGAGCAAAGGACUUGUACGAUCUUGGAGUCAUUAUCGAAUUAUUUCCAAUUUCCAGACCAGGCGCUGAUUUUGAUCGAUCAAAAUUCUACGAUGACAUUAUAUAUAGGGCUUCCCCGACUGACCCAGAAGCCCCUGCAUUUUCACAAGCCGCAGCCAAAACAUCAACAUCAGGCGGGGAUGGCAUCACGCUAUUAAACUCGCUUAUCUCAUCGAUAAAUUCCAAGUCCGUACCUCGAAGAGCUCUGUUUUCUAAUGCUCCUCUAGAGAUAGGACCAGAUUUAAAGAUCUCUGUUACGGGGUAUCUAAUCUUCAAGCGACAAGAGCCCGCUCGAAGCUGCUAUAUCUGGCUGGCUGGCGAACAGCCACAGAUCGCCAAAGGCAUAACCACCCAGCUCGCCGACGACAGUACUCGAGAAGUAGAGAAGUGGGAGAUCCGUAAAGCGUACAAGUUUGGUGGCGAGCAGAUAUCAUUUACUCAAGAAGAGCAAGCUGAGCUUAGAAAUUUCGGAGAGCCAAUUAUCCGGAUCAUUGGGUUCAAGCCUCUUUCAUCGUUACCUAUCUGGGCAUCGAUGAAACAUCCUACAUUCAUUUAUCCUUCAGAGGAAGGGUAUGUAGGCUCAACGCGUACGUUUUCAGCUCUACAGCAAACCCUGCUGAAGCAAAAGAAGAUGGCGUUGGUAUGGUUCGUUCCUCGACGAAAUGCAGCUCCCGUGAUGGCUGCUAUGAUUGCUGGGGAAGAGAAACUUGAUGAGAAUGAUACACAGAUCAUCCCACCCGGGAUGUGGAUUCUGCCGCUUCCAUUUGCGGACGAAAUCAGGCAAAACCCAGAGCCGAAUCAUAUUAUAUCCCCAGAACCACUUGUUGAUCAGAUGAGGACUGUAAUUCAGCAACUUCAGCUUCCCAAGGGGCAGUUCGACCCGUACAAGUACCCGAACCCAUCUCUCCAGUGGCAUUAUCGGAUUCUGCAAGCUCUAGCACUCGACGAGGACGUACCAGAGCAGCCAGAGGAUAAGACCAUACCGAGACACAAAUCAAUUGACAAGCGCGCUGGUGACCUUGUGAUCGCAUGGGGCGAAGAACUCGAGUCCCAAUACCGCACUCUAGAAAAGAGCCAGCCCGUUACAUCCACGCUUGUCAAGAGGCCUGCAUCGAGCGCAAAAGGGAUCAAGGAGGAGCCAGCUUCUAAGAGAGCUAGAACCGAGGAGCCCGAGGAUAUCAGAGUGUAUUAUGAAAAGGGCACUUUGAGCAAGCUUACGGUCGCCAUCCUGAAAGAGUUUUUGGGUUCCCAUUCCCUUUCAACGUCGGGUAAGAAGGCAGACCUGAUUGAGAGAGUAGAGGGAUAUUUCAGUGGAUGA